GUCCGGCACCUUCGACCUUUUCUGUCGACUGACCCGCCUCGUUUUUCCUCUCCAUCCGUCAGAACUCUUCAGCAUGUUUCGAACCGCUCUCUCCUCUCUGACCCGGCUCGGUGUUUGCAACUACUUCCUCCUUAUCGGUCACCUUGUCCACUCUAUAUGCACCGUCGGACCGUCGUCUCAGACCGCGUCAACCCUAAACGAACUUGUGCAGUUUGUGAGCUCUCUGUUCUCUCUUCGCGGUGAGUUGUCUACGACGUCAGACGAUGCUGAAACAACGUGGUGGUUAGACUGGGAGAUCGGCCGUCGCUGCGCCGCUAUGGAGGGACUGCAGUUACUCUUGCUGCUGAUCCUCAAAACUGCGCGCGAUUUGCCCAGCUUGGCGCAGGCUACCAGGAAGCUGGUGGAUCUUUCGACUCGUUUUCGACGAGCGCUUAUCACAUGCAUGCAGAUGUCGGUAAAUGGCCGUCAGGCCAAGAUGCAGGGCCUCACACAGUCGGCUUCCUCCAGCAAACUGACCGGUCUUGGAUGGCGCAAUGAACUGAUCUCGCGCUCAGUAGAUUUCUGCGAAUGCCUUCUCUGGCCUUCAGAUCCUGGCUGGAUGGCCAAUACCGACAGCGUGUUAGCCUACCUUGAUUCCAGCGUUCUUGAGGUUGUUCUUUCUGCAGAUACUCCUGCCAGCACCUCCUUCUUCCUGAGACUUCUUGAAGAACCAAGCAGUUCAGGUGACCUUGCGCUGGAUCCCAGGAAAGCUUUCGUGUGGAACAAACUGUAUCCUAAACUCAUUGAGGUGUCCUCAUCAUUGCCCGCUACUGCUGAUCCCGAUGACGGUGCUGGCGAGAGUCUUUCUCUGGACUACGCGGAAAUGGCAGUUCUGUUGACGUCUAGUCCCAUGCUCAGGUAG